GUGUGUGUGUGGUGUCUGUGUGAGAGAGAGUGUGUGAGAGAGUGUGUGUGAGAGAGAGAGGGAGUGUGUGUGUGUGAGAGGGAGAGAGAGAGAGUGUGAUCCUGUUGUGUGAGAGUGAGUGUGAGUGUCAGAGUGCCUGUCUCUGUGAGUGAGUGUCUCUGUGUGUGUGUGUGUGUGAGAGUGUGUGUACACUAGCAGCUCUCUCUCUCUCUCUGCCCCCUCUCUCUCUCUCUCUCUCUCCCUCCCUCCCUCCCUCUCACUGACGGCCGUCCCACAAUCCAUCUCCAUCCGCCAUCUUUGCAUUAUUUCCAAUUUAUUUUCUGUCAGGGGCUCUGAUGAAGAUAUUUUUCUCUGGAGUCUCCGGCUUUCCGCUCCAGAUGUGACCGACUAUGUCUCGCCGCAAGCAAGGCAACCCUCAGCAUUUAAGUAAAAGGGAAUUUUCGCCAGAGGCUGACCAUGUGGAGACGGCGAGCACGGACGAAGAGGACACGGUCAUGGCGGGGCCGGGCAGCGGCGUUGGCAGCGGAGACCACGACCUGCUGACCUGCGGGCAGUGCCAGGCGCACUUCCCGCUGGCCGAUAUCCUCGUCUUCAUCGAGCACAAGAGGAAGCGGUGCAGCGGCGCAGGCAUCUGCUUCGAGAAACCAGUGGAUAAAUCUAGCCCCUCUCCCCCACACCCGGAGCCCAGGAGAGUGUCUGAGCCCGUCGAGAUCGGCAUCCAAGUCACGCCUGAGGAGGACGACCGGCUGCUAACGCCUACGAAAGGAAUUUGCCCGAAGCAGGAGAAUCUUGCAGGAGGUAAAGAUGAGCCUUCAAGCUACAUUUGCACAACAUGCAAGCAGCCUUUUAUGAGUGCUUGGUUCCUGCUCCAACAUGCACAGAAUACACACGGAUUCCGGAUUUACUUGGAGACGCAUCCGUCGAACAGUCCCCUUACCCCUCGGAUUGGCCUUCCCCCCUCCUUGGGACCAGACCCCAUCUCACAGUCCCCCCUUACUACUUUUCUCGGUGAGAACAAUCCUUUCAACCUGCUGCGAAUGACUGGACCUAUACUUCAGGAGCACCCGGGCUUUGGCGAUGGCCGUCUCCCCAAUACUCCCCCCAUUUUCAGCCCGCCGCCUCGCCAUCAUCUAGACCCGCAUCGUCUGGACCGCCUUAGUGCUGAUGAAAUGGGCUUGGUAUCUCAGCAUCAUAGUGCCUUUGACAGAGUAAUGCGCUUGAACCACCCACUGGGUAUGGAAUCCCAGACUAUGGACUUCUCCAGGAGGCUCCGAGAACUAGCAGGGAACAACAGCUCCACUCCGCCCUUGUCGCCCAGCCGUCACAAUCCUAUGCAUCGCUUGCUUCAGCCCUUCCAACCCAGCCCCAAGUCGCCAUUUCUGAGCACGCCGCCACUCCCCCCCAUGCCCCCCAGCAGCACAACUCCUCCUCAGUCACAGUUGAAGAGUAAGUCCUGCGAGUUCUGUGGGAAGACCUUCAAGUUCCAGAGCAAUCUGAUAGUCCACCGGCGCAGCCACACGGGAGAGAAGCCGUACAAGUGUCAGCUGUGCGACCACGCCUGCUCCCAGGCCAGCAAGCUGAAACGCCACAUGAAGACACACAUACACAAGUCAGCCUCCGUCACGGCCAGGUCAGACGAUGGUCUCUCCACCACCAGCUCACCCGAACCUGGCACCAGUGAGCAUGCGAGCGGAGAAGGAUGUGGCCUGAAAGCCAACAUAACCAAUUUCAACACUGGUCAGAUGAAUGAGAAUGAGGAGGAGGAAGAGGAGGAGGAGGAGGAAGAGGAAGAGGAACUGGAAAAUGAAAGCCGGCCGGAGUCCAGUUUCAGUAUGGACUCCGAGCUGAGUCGCAACCGAGAGAAUGGCUUCAAAUUGCCAGUGAAUGAGAAGCACUGUGUUCUGGGCAAAGUCAUGGAAAAUGUCGGUCUCCGUGCAAUCCAGCAUUACAGCGAUGUGCUUACCGAUAAGCAGAAGCGUAAUAGCUUCUCAAAACGAUCCUCUGAUGGUCAGAGAGACACUGGAGAUGAGGACUCUGUUGCAGGCGAACUGGAUCGACCGGAAGAUGGCACAGUGAAUGGAAGAGGCUUCGGUCCCGGUGAAUCUUUCCCUAUCACAUUGCCGCGGAAACCUCCUCUCAUCACUAGCCCCUCUCUGUCAGUUGCUUCUUCAAAAAGAAUUAAAAUGGAGAAAGACGUGGACUUGUCCUCAGCACCUUUAAUUCCCUCUGAGAAUGUUUACUCUCAAUGGCUGGUGGGCUACGCAGCAUCAAGGCACUUCAUGAAAGACCCGUUCCUGGGAUUCGGCGACUCUAGACAAUCUCCCUUCGCCACUUCCUCUGAACACUCCUCGGAGAACGGCAGCCUGAGGUUCUCCACACCGCCUGGAGACAUGCUGGACGGGGGACUCUCUGGCCGUAGUGGCACAGCCAGCAGCGGCAGUACCCCUCACAUGGGAGGGCCCGGCCCGGGGAGGCCGAGCUCCAAGGAAGGACGCCGGAGCGACACUUGCGAGUACUGCGGCAAAGUGUUCAAAAACUGCAGCAACUUGACAGUGCACCGCAGGAGCCAUACCGGCGAACGGCCUUACAAAUGCGAGCUCUGCAACUAUGCAUGCGCCCAGAGCAGCAAGCUGACGCGCCACAUGAAAACGCACGGCCAGAUCGGCAAGGAGGUUUACAGAAACUGCGACUUCUGAACAAGAAACUAUGGGAAAUCUAUGGUCCAAAAGGGUUAUGGUAUACAUUAGGGAACAACUGAGAUUAAAAGUGUCAGUGUUGCUUAGCAUAGCAUUCACAAUGCUGGCACUAUAAAAAAAAAUGUUAAUGUCAGUUGACGGUUUUUAUACUGCCAUUCAAUUUGACAUGAGUGCCUUGAAUAUUUGAUCUUCCUAAUGAGUCUCUGAGACAAAUGCAAAACCAUUUUUUGUGAAGUUAAAAAAAAGUACUGAUUUGAAGAAGAGAAAAAAAAAUCACACAACAAAGAGAAAAAUGUACGUCAUAUUAGAUUCUAGAGCUCUACACGCACCAACAAUCCAGCAUUUGUAAAACAAAAACAAAAAAUAAAUUCAGCGGAACUUCACGCCAGCCGCUACAAGUUGGUGAAGACGAAACAGCAUCCCUUCCCCCCCCACUUGCCCCCCCACCCAUCUAAUCAACUUCGGAAAAACAGUUUGACGGUCUGUUCUCAUCAAUUGACGCUGCAGGACGCUGCUUAAACUGUGGGAACCCCACUGUAGCAAGGCUCAAAAGUUUUUAAAAAAAAAGACGCCUCCAGAGUCCCACCAAGAACGUAAAGACAGUUACUCAUCAGGAACAAUGGCUACUCCUUAUUUUUUUUUUGUUCUGAACAGAAUUAGUGCACUCAGUCUCGAAUAAGUUUACAGUAUUGAAUAUAUACAAAGGUGGAAAAAAAUAACAAAAAAAAUUGUGUGUGUGUGUGCGUGCGUGUGUUUGUUGAAUGAUCAAGAGAUUUUUUUUCCGAAGUUUGCUUAGUAAAUACAUGGAUGCCAUUAUGGCCAUGUGUAUAUUGGUUCUCUGAUUCAACUGGUGAAGGGGUUUAAUAUAUAUAUUACAGUUUCUUGAUCACUGUAAAAGUGUACCAGUAUUUGUAAUAAUGGAGAAUGCCUGGGCAUUUUACAAAAUGGAGAAAAAAAAAAAAAAAAAAUUUUUUUUUCAAAAAUGGAAAUUGUUGCAGUAAAUUUGUGGGUCUAAAAUUGUACUUGUCACUGUAAUUGUAAAGUCUAAUUGACUAUCAGUUUUAGUAGACUUUUUUGCCUUGGGUGUUUUAUCUUUUUUCAAAAAUUGUAUAGAACUUGUAUUGGGAAGAACGAUUACUGCUACCAUAUGUAGACAAGAAAAAAAUAGUAGAAAAGUGCAUAUUCAUGUAAUUGCUUUGCUUAAAUCACAUUCCUGACCUGUACUUUUUUCCCUCUGUUUCUCUGGAAUGGUUACUUGGUAUUGGUUCAUAAUAGUGUAGGCACUUGCUGUAUUUAUACAGGAGCUUGUAUUUUUUAACUGUUUGCUUGUCCUUUUAAAGGUACGACAAAAAAGUACCUUUUUUUUGGUAGUGGAUUAGAAAAAGAACACACAGGCUGCCAUAAUAUAUUUUUUUAAUUUUGGCAGGAUAAACAAAUAGUGCAAAAAUAAUUUGUAUGUUCUGAAAUCUUAUUGUACAGGAGAAAAAGAAAGGUCGUGUAACGACCUUUUGUUAAAAAAAAUACAAAAAGGAAUUAGGAAAUGCAUUGCUGGUCACUGAUAAUUUGAUUUUCAUUUGUACAGUUUCCCUCCCAGAUUCCCUGUUGGAUAUGCACGGUUUACAGUUUUGCUAGUCUGUCUCAUUUAUUUUUUUUUUGUUCAUGAUUUGCUGCCUUCACUCUCCCUAUUCACGUGGACUCACUUCAAAUCCAUUGUGGUCAGAGUCAGAUCAAUGUAAAUUGGACUGAAUGAAAACUAAAAUAUGUUGCAUCUUGCGCUGUUUAAGGGUCAUUCAGUACGUGACAUUGAAGACAGCAGAUGAAUUGUAUAAUGUCCAUGUUGGGCAGGUGUAUACUCACAGGGAUGAGAAAUUUCCUUAUUUUGGGCACAUUUCUGCCUUUGUAAGUUUCAUAAAAUAGUUAUCCAGCUUUUUUUUUGAAGAAAACAAUGAUUAAGUUAAACUAUGAGGUUUGCAGUAUGUAGUGACCACUAGAUGUCACUGAAACAUUCAAUUGUCAGUGCGCUAGCGACCACUAAUGGUAAUGAACAAAUACUGCAUUUUUCCAAAAUGGAACCUUCAAUGGUUCCUUAUUUUUAUUUUCUCUUGAAACUCCUGUCUUGUCCCUGACGCAUCCACGUUACGUGCAUGGCACUAUUUUGUUUUACAUUUCCAUGGGGAUUUGGGUUUCAGGCCUCCUUGAUCUGCUGCUGUGUAAAACUGAUGAGGCAGAUACAAGUAUAUGUUGAUCUAACUGCCAUUUGUUUUUUUUUAAUUUUUGUGUUAACAGGAUCAUUCACACCUUAUUUCACAUUCCACGGGUUUCUCAACGUACACAAUAGUAGGUAAGAGGUGGGAUGAAACCUUUUGUAUUUUGACACUUUGAAAUUUGCACUAAAAGGCAGAAACAAAACAAAAGCCAUCCUGGAUGAAUAAUCUUUAACUGCUAAGGUCUAAAAUAUUAUCACUCCACUACCUAAAGGCAUGGGCAGCAUUCAUUAAACUCCACGUGUUCAAAGUUGCUUAUCAGUUGGUGGGCUAAGUGGCUUGAAAUAUCCAAUUGUUAGUGAGUUUGAUAUUCAGACAUUCCAGUGCAUUUCUGUGAAUAAAAUGUAGCAUGAAAGCUGUAGAGGCUCCAUUGCAUAUCUCUUGAUCUGCAGCAGCUAUCAUCGUUUGACCUAGGUUAUGUCAGUGGUUGACAGUUACAAGUUCGUAAUUGAUUUUACCAAUAUAAGGUGACCAGGUACUAUUUAUACAUUUUUCUCUAGCUCUAGUGGAAAGUGUUUUCGACAAGUUUCCCCUGCAUCAUCCUUAUUACCGUGAGUAAUUCGGUGAGAUGGAAGGAGGUUGAGCCUGUAGUAACCUAAGCCAGGGUUGAGUGUCAACCUUGUCAGGUCAAGAGAUGCACCUCAUAAUGUUUGGGCACCAGCAACAAAGGUAUCAACUUUGACAGACAAUAUUCAUUGGUUAAAAAGAAAAUGUUAAAUUCAUUAUGUCAAGAAGGAGCAAUCCAUGGAGCCAACUUCUCCUUCAGUGUAGCACUUCAUGGGGCUUCUGGCAUGUCAGUCAAAGGUUUUUUUUAACUUCCCUGUUUACAUCUUCCUUGUAAAACAAGCAGAAAAAGCACUUUGGUCAUUACUGUAGUGAAAUAUUGGACCGGAAAGUUGAUUUCAGAAUAAUACAUUGUAAUCAAAUGGUCACUAUUGUCAUCAAAUUGUUAUAUUUGGUACCCACAUAGUUCCAACCAAGGUCUGUUUUACCAGUAUAAGAUAGAAUAGUGACGGCACAUUGCUAUGUUUUCUAAGUGGUCCUUGGCACAGUAAAGCUUUCAGGAAAACAUUAGUGAACAGGCAGCAAUAUAGAAGUAUAUAGGAAGUAGGUAUCUCUUGUUUGAGCAGGUUUCGUGCCACUGAGGGGUGGCAGGGAAUUAAAUUUAAGAUGUUACAGCAAUAUUUUACAGCAGUCAUUUCAGCCACAAAGGGAAAAAAAUUAGUCAGCUGGUGAAAACUAAGUAUUUGCAUAUUGACAGCCACUGCAUAUGUUACAAUGGACACAGUUUACAGAACUAGAUAAAACCUAAAGUAUAUACCGAAGUUUUCAGAUUUUAUCUGUGAAAGAUUGAUGGAAUGGAAUAAAAGCCCUUUUGCUUGAUGUGUCAGAUUCCAGAACUUGGUGCUAGAGAACUAAGCUAGAGAACUAAUGAACUCUAAAUUGAGCCAGUGUAGAAGCUACACAGUGGAUUUAUAUAGAGAACUUGUAGUACCUGCUUUCUUAAAGAUGACAAAUCUUUCAAAACAAAAAUCCAACAUAGUAGUUUAUUGUACUGGCGUACUGCCUAUAACCAUUUUAUAUUGGGUGAGUUUAGGGUUAAUUGAUUGAAACAUUUCCUUUUAUAUAGUGGUGUUCAAUGCUCUGAUGUUGUUCUCCAUCACUAUUCAGUGUUUGAGCUGUGUUGUUUCAGCAGCUUCCGACAUUGUGUGCCACUACACGAGAUCCACCUCCCCAUGCUGCCAUUUACCACCAACCAGUCAACAUUGUAUACAUUCAAUGCGGAGUUAUGCAAGGAAAAGUACUGACAAACAUUCAAAGGUUAAGAUUUCACGUUUCAUCCCACCUCUGUUAAAUACAGUCCAUAGGUUAUUUUAUCAUGACCAAAACACUUUUAACGGUGCUGUUGUAUUUUUAAGAAUUGUACUUAAAAUGCAAAGCAAAUCAAUGCCACUUGAGUUGGACCUAUUUGUAAUGGCAAGGCAAAAUAUUUUAUUAGCUUUUUUUCUAUUUCUGUAUUUAGAGCUUUUUAUUGUAACUUGAGAUUUGGUCUUAUACUACAAGUUUGAACUAUUUAUUAUUGCUUGUGUUGUGCUCUGUUUAAAACAGAUGCACGUUAUCCUUUUUUUUAUGUUGAAGUGCUGACCAGAGGUCACAUCAGCUUGGCUUUGUGAAAUAUUUAUUGUUCUGUUUUUCUGUACAAAAUCAAGCCCUCUCCUAAUCCACACUGUUUUCAGCUUGUGUCUACCAUUUCAUUCAUACACUCAUCCAAAUGUUUGUCCCAUUUUCAAGUGAAAGAAAUAAAUCAAAAGUUAUCUUUACAAUCUUCAAA